UCGGAGACCAAUUAAGCCGCGCAAUCAUCCAAGGCGGCUUUUCCCCCCUUUUCAGUGUGAGUGAGAGAUAGAAGGAAAAAACACAGCGGGAAAAAACCAACUUCGUCUGGUACACCUUCCACGACGUUACAGCCUGUCAGCUCGUCCGUCAUUGGACGACCAAGGUCACGUGCUUUGAAUAGGGAAAGUGAGGGGCAUGGAUGGGUAACGUGUGUGUCGUUAAGACUCAAAUGGAGGCUAUAGGACUGAACCGUAUCAAACUCGGCCCGCUUAGCAAACAAAAAUAGUUCAAUUUUGACAAUUACUUAGCUUACCGGUGUGGCGUGAGGAUGUCCAGCGCGUCGACGUGUGGAGUAGACCCGAAAUUCCCGCCGCUGGAAGAGUACGCGCAGUCCAGCUACAUUCCAACAAAUGGCUGCUUCAGCGGCUCACACUUUGCCAACGAGAACCAUAGGUACAUCGAGGCCAACUCCUCGCCAACGUUCCACCAGGAGUACGACAAAUACCGCGCAAACUUUGCCGAGUGCGAGCAGGGCCGACCGGGCAACCUGCAGCACGGCUUCAGCAGCUUCACGGCAGCGCUAGCCGGCGAGGGCAACGUGGAGAGCUGGGCUGACUACCAGAGUAGCCCGGACAGAGACAAUGGCUGGACCGGCCUUGGGACGAAUAGUCCUUGUCUGUUCAAACAGAGAGGGACAGGCAAAUUGGGGAAUAACCAGAUGCCACCCCAACAACUUCCUUUAUAUCCUUGGAUGAAGAGGAUACACGUCAACCCAGCGGUCGGGAGUCGUUUAUCAGCGUCCGGUGUCGACACCAAACGGACCCGCACCUCAUACACCAGGCAACAGCUCCUGGAGCUGGAGAAGGAAUUCCACUUCAACCGUUACCUGACGCGGCGGCGGCGCAUCGAGAUAGCCCAGUCCCUCGGACUCUCGGAGCGCCAGAUCAAGAUCUGGUUCCAGAACCGCCGCAUGAAGUGGAAGAAAGACCACAACCUGCCCAACACCAAGCCGCGGGCCGGUACCACCACGCAGGCGGGCACCCGCCCGGCAGGCCCGGCUAACUUCGACGCCGCACCGCCGGUGGAUAUCAAGCGCGACACGCCGGAGAGUACCAGCACGGAUUCGUCAUGACCUGCUCAGACCCAAGCAGCGGGAGUGCGCUCAUAUCCGGUAGUUAUCAUAUACUUAAUUUUUGCCUCUCCGACUCAAGUACAUUUUCGGUACAUGUUGUGUACUGUGAAACGUUUCAGUGACAUUCUAUUAAACACGUCAACAAACUUGCCGCUACCAAGCAAACAAAUGAACAAUGUUUUUUUUUUCUUUAUUAUCCUGAUGGCUGCUGGUAAAUGUGAGACUCACUGAAAUGUGAAGUACGUAUUUGGUAUUGCGAUGAGGUUGUUAAAACUCGGUAAGCAUGGACAUUUUUUUUAUCCAUAAAGUCAGCUGAAGGACCCACGAUAAGUAGCAAAUGGCCAUAAAAGGCGUGUCGUUAACGCAUAAACAAUACCAGUAAUGUAUUGCACGACACAAUGAUGCGCGCUGAAGACACUUCCAUCGUCAUUAAUUUUAAUUUUCGAGUGCUACCGUCAUAAAUUAUAUGAAUAAUUCGGUCAUGAUACUGCUAUCACAAUGGGGAUAAUUUGUUUUUUCUGUCAUUGCUAUGUGCAAAAUAGCUCUAUUUAACAUGCUUCAUAUGCAGGGUGUUUUUAAUUGUAAUUUUAUACAUUGAUUUAUUUAAAUUCAUGUAUAGUGUGUGUUUGGGGGGUUUAUUUUGUUCGUUUGUUUUGUUUUAAAAAAGUAAUAUCCUUCCAUUUAACCUUCAGAUAAUCAUAGGCUUUUUUUAAAUUUGAGUACAUCUCUUUCUGGAAUCAGCGCGGGAAGUGUUUGAAUGUCAUGUAGGCUGCCCUUUUUCAUGCAAUACACCUGCAUUCCAGGAAGUCAUUUGUUGUCCGUCAAAGUAUUAAAGCCAUUUAAUCGACUCUGAAGGCACAUUUCGAUUUUCUCUGAAUCGAUUAAUGAUAGAUCAAUGAGAAUUACGAACCAUUGCAGAGAGCGCCUAUGGAAUGACUCUCGAUAAUGUGUAAACACAAAUUUGGUGACAACGAACAAAAAUAAACUUUCGGUCAAGCAUUUGGAGGAAAACUUCCCGAUAGUGGAAGUUUAACAGGCUUCCGUUUGAGACUUUUUCAGACUGACAGUUUGUAUGAUGGAUAGCUGUCAUUUCGAUUGUGAUUGUUUUCCCACUGAAAAAUAUCUUUCACUGAGUUUGUAACCGAAACCACAUUAUAAGUCCGUAGUUUUUACUAAACCCGAGGAAAAGCGAGAGAACGAUCACUCUUGCUGUUGUUAGUUGUGUGCAACAUUGCUUGUGUUUAUGUUUUGUUCACACAAGACAUGGAAAAAAAGUACAAACAUGAAAGAAUGAAAAUAAUUUCAACCAGGAAGUACCGAUGGACCUCAAGAACAUGCUUUAUUUCAGUUCUCCUGAAGAGUCAGGUAACUUUCCAUUUUCACUGAAAGAAAACGAACGUACCGCUUUCAUAUAUAUAUAUUUUUAAUUAUUUUUUAUAUGUUUGGUUAAGUUUUGGCUCCAGUGUGUGUUAACAAAUAAUUUUUCUGCCUUCGCAGAAAAUCCAUCGCUGACGGGAAUUUAGUGCUCUUUCAAGGAAAGAAACGGUACUGUUGAGUGACCCUGGUGCCAAGAUCUGUGGGAAAGUAUUCACAUUUUGUUGAAGGCUAGGAUAGGGUCUGUUUCCCAGAACUCUGCAAAUAGGCUGUAUUGGCAGAUUCAGGCCAUUGACACGUUCAUUUGAAAUGAAGAGACACUGUUUCAGACAAAAUACACGCAACCGUUAGGUUUUACUGUGGACUCUUGAUUUAAAGAACAAAAUCAUGAAAUACUACGAAUAUUGAGGGUCGCCAUCCCUCGAAUUCCUUUGUUUUGAUUGAUUUUCCUGUUCUUGUUUUGAAAAAGGUCUCUUCCUAAACAAGGAAAUUCGCCUGGUCCAAAUAACCUUCUUUUACAGAGUUGAAUGUGCUAAGAAAUCUUUGACGACGAUAAAAUUGGUCAUUUUGGUGUAAACUUUAAUACCCGAAAGAGGGGAUGUUAUCACACUGACUCUUGGACUAUAAAGCCUGAAAUUGUACAUUUUACGAAGAGAACCCUCCUAAGCAAAUUAUAUACACCUGCUGUAUGUUAACUAUGCUGUUUAAAACAGCCAGGGAGAGUGGACGUGUAAAUAUUCCUAUAUUAUGAGGUCUCUAUGUCGUUGUUAAUUAAGGUAUGUGAAAUAAAGCAUUGUUGUUCUUAAGUGUCUAUAAAGUUA